AUGUUGUCAACCACCGUUGACACUCCUCCGCGCGAGCCGACCGCGCAGACUGGUGCACCCGACAUCCCUAUACCUCCAGCCUCUCCUGCUAUCAACACCUGCAUGCCCGCACCCAUGUUCGGUUCUCCCCCUCCAUGCGAGUCGAUCUCAAGAAAUCAGGCUCUUACAAUUGAGAAGAGUGUAUCCUCUCCUUCUGUGGAGCCUGCUCUGACCAUUCCUACUGCAGCCACUCGAGGUCCCGUCAUACCACCAAUCAUCAAGCUCGGGCGGUCCAAAGGCGCGCAGGUUCUCGACAGGCUCUAUACCCCAAACUCCGACGGCCUCUUCUUUCAUAGCUUCUCCAGUGCUACCGCAGCUAUGACGAUGGGAUCCUGGCAGUCACCCCAUAGUGAUGACACCAUCCCCAAUACCGAAGAGGAAGACCGGGAAGUUGUCCGCCGCUUGUUCGAUGCCUUCAUGGACCUCAGUGGCGCCUUGGACACCCCGGACAACGCUUAUCGCAAGCGCUUUACUCCAGGUUCUACCGUCUUCUAUAAGCCGUGGACGGUCGAGCGCUGCGCGUGGGACGUCCUCAACAAGGUCAAGACUAUACACCAAUGGGGCUUCAUCACGCCUAUCACCGACGUCGAUAUUCUCAAGCAAAUUGGCCAGACAGAGAACUGGACGCAGAAGCAGGAGAAGGUAUGGACGGUCAUUGGCGCCCCGCACAAACUUCAUAACAGCAGCGUGGUGAACAACAAGUCAAAUGAGGACCGAAACAAGUGGGUCAAGACUGGAAGGGCAGAGGAGAAGAGCAAGAAGCGCAAGACGCUUCAUGAGGAGGCAGAUGAAGAGAUUGUAAGCGCUGCAGAGCUGCUCAUGAGCUUUUCAAAGGCCUAA